UUCAUUCACGCAAUGAAUGUUAAUCACUAGCACUACUCAUUUCCAACUCAACAACACUUCCUAGUACAAUGUUGCCCUCUCCUCAAACUCAAAACCACUCUGCACACACAUCCUUUAACUACUAAUCAUAAUCAAUAACCGUUUCACAUUGUUCUUUUUCUUUUUCAACUCAAAAACAACAACCAAUGACAUACUCAAAACAACACACCCAAAACUACGUCGUUUUACCACCAUGUCUCGUCUGCCUUUUAUGGACAUUGGCUCUAACGUUAUUUAUAACGGCAAUUUUUUUACUAAAACCGGUUAAUCCACAAAUUGAAAUGGAGGUGUUAACGGUACGGAAAGCAAAAGUUCAUCCACUACCGCCGUUAAGUGCUGACGUGGUGUUAUUAGUAACGGCGAAAAUUUAUAACAGAGGUUUGUUAUGGAUGGAUUUAGCGGGAAUUGAUAUCGGCGUUAAGUAUCGUGGGUUUAAACUUGGUCACGUGGAUUCGGAAGGUUGGCACGUGAAUGGAUGGGGUUCGGAACACGUGUAUGGUGAGAUUGAGUUCGGUGGACUUCCUUCAGCUGACGUGGCACAUUUGAUUCAGGAUCUUGCUAAGGGUAGGGUCCGUUUUCAUACUGCUGUUGGAGUUGCAGGAAAGAGUCGUGGACUUUUUUUCUUUCAAUUCCCUAACAUUUUCAAGAUAAAAGUAUCAUGUGAUGUUUUGGUGAAUUCGAAAAACCAUACCAUUAUACAUCAACAUUGUGUUGAAAAGAUUAAGAUUAAGGACUAAUUCCACAAAUGCUCUGUAAUGCAUGUGAAGGCUCAAAAAGAUGUUAGUAAUGGUCAUAAUAUGUAUACAUCUAUACUUACAAGGGGUACAUUAAUGAAAAGGUGAUAUUAUCUAAAGAUGAGAUCACAUUUGUUAAUAUAUGAGCAAUUUCAUUGAUUUAUAUCUUAAUAAAUUCAAUUCGAGAGUUUCUAGAA